AUGAAGAUAGUUUCAGUGCCUACGCUUAUAUUACUUCUUUUGUGCAUAACUAUCUGUUCAAUCUUCUUUUUAUCCUCUCUAUCACUCUCGGUUUCUCAACAUCAUACCCUUUCUGUUUCUGAGUUUUUCUCCAUGAAAAAAUCUAGCCAUUUGGUUGUGUUUCUCACUUUUAACGUUGUUGUUAUAGCCAUCCUGAUGAGGAGUGUACAAGCAAUACAAUAUACCAUUCCGAUGCAUGGGACCCUUGUUACUGCAGGAUUUGAGAAGGAUGAGAUGAACUUAGCCUUACCCAUAUGUGCGGAGCAGCCAUUUCCAUUAUAUGCAGGAGAAUAUGCAGUUGAAAGCAUGAAAGAUCAUAUUGAUGACAACAAUGAUUUUCUUCCCCGUUUAGUAUAUGUAGGAUAUACAGAAGAAAAGAUCAAAGAUGACCAUCAUGAUGAUAGCAUGAAAGAUCAUAUUGAUGACAACAAUGAUUUUCUUCCCCGUUUAGUAUAUGUAGGAUAUACAGAAGAUGACCAUCAUGAUGAUAGCAACGAUGAGUACUAUCAUGGUUAUGAUGGUUAUGAUGAAGAUAACGAUGACGAUCUUGAUAAAGAUGAUGACGACAGUGAAUAUGGCGAAGAGGAAGACGAUGAUCUGAGCAAGAGAAUCGAAGAUUUUAUAGCCAAGAACAACCAGAAAUGGACGGAGGAGAAGCUCAAUGAUAAGCAGCUCUACAUUGAAGCAGCUGAACUGCAAUUUUCAGUUGCUGCCUAG